GCGACUUGAAGGUAUACCUAACAUGUCGACAAUAUUAUUUAGAGGGAUUUUUAUUAUCUUCUUAGUCGCAAUACUUCUAAAUCAUGUGACCUCUCAGUUUAUGAGUUUUCGUAGUGGAUCCUCCAGGCGCGAAGAUUCUACGAGACCUGUUUUCUCAUUUAAUGGAAAUCCUAAGAAAACUGACCAAUCCAAACCAGAAACGGGUGAUACUUCAUUCGGAGGGAGACAAAUCUGGCGUGCAAAUACUCAAAUGAAUACUGGCUUCCCGGAGAACAACUGGAAUAGAAACAGAAACGUUGCAGACAGAAGGACUUUCAAUUUUAGAAAUGUUCCGUCAAGUCGUAGUAAUCCGAUUGACAGCACAUCUAGCAGAUUCAGUGCCAACAACAGAAACCGAGAUGCAGUUUCCACUAUCCAAUUGAACAACGAGCGCAUUCGUAAAUUGGAGGCUGACAGAAGAAGAAUUAUUGAACAAAAUAUUCGUGAUAAAUACCAAAAGAACGAUUUCUUAAAAACACGCGGUUUGAUUUCCGGUGUGCGUCUUCCAACGAGAUCUCAAACCCUGUCACGUGACCCAACACCUUCCGAUCAAAACCAGAUACUCAUGUCACCUGACUCCAGAUCUUCCAAUCAAAAUAGACAAACAGCAUUUGCCAGGCGGCAAUCUCGUCGACCUGUCCUAUCACUUGCUUCUAGUCCCCCAAAUGACCAACAUACGGUCCGUUCUAGGACGUCCACUGAUCGUCAGUCCGCACGUGAUCAGCUAGAGAGAGUUUCCGUACCGAGGUCAGAGGGAGCGAAUAACUACCUCAAACAGCUUCUGUACAGAAUCCUUAGAAGAGUAGAUAAAAAUUGAUUUAUUUUUCUUAACUUUAUGUCUAUGUAUACAUGUAUUUUUAAAAUGUGUCCUAUGCAUUUCAGAAACGUUGUACAAAUUUAAUCAAUACCUUUGUACAUGUCCGUGUAAAAU